ACACAUCCGAUGUACUCGAGAUAUUUGGCACGUUCUGCCCGCUCGGGCUUGAACACCACCUCCCUUUCGCUUUCCUUUGCUCAGAGAAGAUUGUUGGCUUCUUCUAAGGCCGGCAUUGCCCAAAUCUCCUCGAACGCCUACUCAGAGAUUUACAACUCCACCAAUGCCGCACAGCCAUUGAAGGCCUUGGACACCUUGCAGCGCCGUCAUUUGGGGCCUACCCCAGAAAACGCCCAGUACAUGUUGGGUCAAUUGGGCUACUCUGACUUGGAGGAGUUCACCAAGGCGGUUAUUCCAGAGGACAUUUUAGUCCGCCGCGCCUUGAAGGUGUCUCCCGCUCAGGGGUACACUGAAACCGAGAUGAUCGCUCACUUGAGAGAGAUUGCCAGUAAGAACAAGGUUUACCGUUCCUUCAUUGGUAAGGGCUACUACAACACCAUCAUUCCACCUGUCGUGCAGAGAAACGUCUUAGAGUGCCCAGAAUGGUACACCUCCUAUACCCCAUACCAGCCAGAAGUGUCCCAGGGGAGAUUACAGUCGCUUUUAAACUUCCAGACCGUUGUUUGUGACUUGACCGGCUUGCCUGUCGCCAAUGCUUCGCUUUUGGACGAAGCCACCGCCGGUGCCGAAGCUGUUUUGUUGUCCUACCACUCUAUGAAGGGCAAGAAGAGCAAAUACGUCGUGGACACCAACAUCCACGCACAGACCCUCGCGGUCAUCCAGACUCGUGCCAACACCCUUGGGAUCGAGAUUGUGCAGUUGCCAUUGUCCACUGCCGAAGGUGUCGAGCAAUUGGCCGCGAUCCAGACCGAAAUCUCCGGUGCCUUAGUGCAAUACCCAGCCACCGACGGCUCCAUCAACUCCUACGCCAAGGUCGGUGAGAUUGUCCAUGCCAACCAUGGUUUACUCUCUGCUGCCUCCGACUUGUUAGCCUUGACAAUCUUGGAGCCACCAAGCUCCUUCGGGGCUGACAUUGUCUUUGGUAACUCCCAGAGAUUCGGUGUCACCCUCGGCUACGGUGGUCCACAGGCUGCCUUCUUAGCCACCAUUACCAAGUUGAACCGUAAGAUUCCGGGCAGAAUUGUCGGUGUGUCCAAGGACAGAUUGGGUAACCCAGCCUUGAGACUCGCCUUACAGACUAGGGAACAGCACAUCAAGAGAGAGAAGGCCACCUCUAACAUCUGUACUGCCCAGGCAUUGCUUGCCAACAUGGCUGCCAUGUACGCCGUGUACCACGGGCCAGAGGGUUUAAAGAACAUUGCCAAAAGAGUUUUCGGCUUCACCUCUAUCCUCGCCGAGCAGAUUGCCACCAAGCACACUUUGGUCAACAAGAACUGGUUCGACACCUUGACCAUCGAGCUUAACGGUGUCUCUGCCGAUGCAUUGAUGGCUACUGCGGUUGAAAAAUACCAGAUCAACCUUUUCAAGGUCUCCGACUCCCAGGUCUCUCUUUCCUUGGACGAAUCUGUCACCGAAAAGGAUUUGACCGAUUUGGUAGAGUUGUUCACUGGUUCGCAGUUAGACACUUCUGCCAUCGUCAAGUUGCCAGAAUUCUACUCCGACCUCACCAGAUCCGACCAGAUCUUAUCUAACCCUAUCUUCAACACCUACCAUUCCGAAACUUCCAUGUUGAGAUACAUCCACUCCUUGCAGACCAAGGAUAUCUCUCUUGCCAACUCCAUGAUCCCACUCGGUUCCUGCACCAUGAAGUUGAACGCUACCGUGGAGAUGUUGCCAAUCACCUGGCCGGAGUUUGCCAAUAUCCAUCCGUUUGCGCCUGACAACCAGUGCCAAGGAUACGCCGAGUUGAUCGACAACUUGGAGGCUGACUUGGCCGACAUUACCGGUUUCGCCUCCACCACCUUGCAACCAAAUUCUGGUGCUCAGGGCGAGUACACCGGUUUGUCCGUCAUCAAGGCUUACUUCGAGAAGAGAGGCGAGACUCAAAGGAACAUCUGUUUGAUUCCAGUUUCUGCUCAUGGUACCAAUCCUGCCUCUGCUGCUAUGGCUGGUAUGAAGGUCGUGGCUGUCAAGUGUUUGAACGACGGUUCCUUAGACUUGAUUGACUUGAAGGCCAAGGCCGUCAAGCACGCUGACAACUUGGCUGCUGCCAUGAUCACCUACCCAUCCACUUACGGUUUGUUUGAACCAGGUAUCAGAGCUGCCAUCUCCACUAUCCACGAGUUUGGUGGCCAGGUUUACUUGGACGGUGCCAACAUGAACGCCCAGGUCGGGUUGACCUCCCCAGGUGACUUGGGUGCCGAUGUGUGUCACUUGAACUUGCACAAGACCUUCUGUAUUCCUCACGGUGGUGGUGGUCCAGGUGUCGGUCCAAUUUGUGUUGCCGAACACUUGACCGAGUUCUUGCCUUCCCACCCGAUCUCCAGAACCACUAACGGUUCUGACUUGAGUAUCAAGGCUGUCAGUGCUGCCGCCUUUGGUUCUGCGUCGAUCUUGCCAAUCUCCUACGCUUACAUUAAGAUGAUGGGCGCCAAUGCCUUGCCAUUUGCUUCUUCUAUUGCCAUGUUGAACUCCAACUACAUGUUGAACAGAUUGCAAGAGCACUACUCCAUCUUGUUCGUCAACUCUUCCACCAUCAAGCACUGUGCCCACGAGUUCAUCUUGGACUUGAGAGAAUUCAAGGCCAACGGUAUCGAAGCCAUUGAUGUUGCCAAGAGAUUGCAGGACUAUGGGUUCCACGCCCCAACCAUGUCCUUCCCAGUUCCAGGUACCUUGAUGAUUGAGCCAACCGAGUCUGAGGAUUUGGCUGAGUUGGACAGAUUCUGUGACUCCUUAAUCUCCAUCAAGGGCGAAAUCAAUGCCUACAUUAACGGUGACUCUUUGGGUCAAGUGUUGAAGAAUGCUCCGCACUCUUUGCAGGACAUUGUAUCCACUACCCAGGCCGAAUGGGAUGCUAGAGGUUACACUAGAGAACAGGCGGCCUACCCAUUGCCGUUCUUGCAGCAGAACAAGUUCUGGACCUCUGUUUCGAGAUUGGACGACGCUUUCGGUGACAUGAACUUGAUGUGCACCUGUCCAUCUGUUGAGGAGGUUGCCGAAUAGGCGCUUCUUCCGGCUGUCGUUUCAUUUCUGGGCUCCGUAAUUUUUGCAUUUUGA